UUUAGACUCAGAUUAGAUCUAGAUCUAGAUCUAGAAUCUCUAGAUCUAUAAUAUAAAUAUAGAUCUAGACUAUUCUAGACUACUAGAUCUAUAUAUUGUUAGACACCUUAUUUAUAUAGGUUAGUUAUUUUAGUUAUUUAGCGACGCACCAUAGUAGACGCAUAUUGAACGGGACUAGUGACGUUUGGGAUAUGUUGGGUUAGAGACCGGAAAAUCAGUUAGCGUUAGAACACUCCAGGGUAACGACGUGUUUAGUGACAGAGACUUCUACUGUGGCCUUUUAUCAUAAUAAAUAUAUAUUAACUUGUUCAUCAUCGUUGACUACAUCUCUUCACCUGUUACAAUCGAUGUGCCAGUUCUUGUUUGUGUUGUUGGUCAACUACACGUAAUACACCCGAACAAUUACACCCAAACGAUUGCAGAGUAAUUGGUUGACUUCAAGACAGCCUGAACUAGCAACAUCACAGUGGCGACACCGAACCUCGAAGCCGGACCCUUGAUGAAGCCGAACAUCGAACCGGACCUCGAAGCAGAACGUUUACUCAGGUGAGGGUCGUGCACUCGAAGAUAUAAGAUUUCAUCGGAGUACGGCUGAACACAGCAGUAUCGCAGAGUGACUUUGUUCUAGAUCUACAUACAGUCGUCGCCUGUUUGAUCGCACGUUCAACGAGCCGUUAACUCAGGGUGACCUUCGUCAGGACAGUAAUCAUCGUAACGUCUGGUCUACUUAACCAGUAUAUUAUCAAAGCCUGAUCUUCAUAUGCUGAAUCGACCUACAACCAGAGAAACCGUUCGUUCAUAACGGGUGAGAGAUCGUUAGUGAACCUGUUGGACAUAUUUUUUCUUCGUCAUAGGAGCCACAUUGAGUAUCAAGUUUUACCUCGUCAGUUUCGAGAAGGACAGUUUGCCCGCUGUCAGAAGUAUUGUGAGUACUACAAGUUUGGUAGCUAACUAAAUCGAAAUCGCUCUGUCGUCUUACCCUUGGAGAGAUUCUUGUGGAGCAGUUUGCUCAUUGAACCGGUUGCUUGCCACGUUUAUAACGGUCACUGUGUUUAACCUUUGGAAGGUUAGUGAAGUAAUCUUUAUCAUUACUGAACAUUGAUAUAUCUAGUAUUCGUCGGUCUAGACCAUACCUAGACUUGUUAGCAGUGAAGUUGUGGAAACAGCUACAUCCACUUAAUUUCGUUGAAAACCGUUAAUCGUGUAACGGAACGUCGUCGGAGGUGACCUUGGUUUCACCUAGUCUGCAUUGGACAGUUUGGUCUAAUGAAGCAGAGUACAACAGCAAACUUCGUCGUACUACCAGAGUAGCAGCAGAAGCAGUGAACUAUUUUAGAGAACCGUUAUUCGUCAGCCCAGAUCAAGUCAUCGUCAAGAAAGUCGUUAUUCGUCAGCCCAGAUCAAGUCAUCGUCAAUAAAGCCGUUAUUCGUCAGCCCAGAUCAAGUCAUCGUCAAGAAAUUCGUUAUUCGUCAGUCGUCCAGAUCAAGUUGCCGUCAAGAGACUGUUAUUUGUCAGUAAUCAUCUACACAAGUCAAGUCAUCGCUAGAAGAACCGUUAACUUAUUCGUCAGUAACUGUGUAUACAAAGUCGUCGGAACUACACAUACGGUCAUCAACAGUCGUCAAAGAAACUGGAACAUUUUGCUGUGGCAUAUCAGGACAUCUGUGGCAUUACGUGGGAUACUGGUAGCACCGGAGAACAGAGUCAGAACUGGAAGAGAGGCAGUGGAAUUUGUUGUGAUCUAGCAUAUUCGGGAGUCCGAACAAAGGGAUCUUUCUUAUCAAAAGCUAAGUGCCAUUUUUCUUAUUAGUAUAUGUUUAGAUUGCCCUUAGAAAUAGAUUUUGUCUAAAUUUGGUACGUUAGCCUGAGUAAAAUCAGGUGGUGCGCCUUAAAACCCGUCGGGGUAGAAGACGUAAUUUAGAUGAAAAGCUAUAUUAUACGUUUAGGAUUGUAAUUUGUUUUGUUUGUGUAAACGUCAUAUCCGUUGUUGCCUAGUUACUUUGUGACGUUAUCAUUGUGUGCCAUAUUGUCACAUCCCAACCCAUAGCGAUAGUCUCAUUUAAUUAUUUCAUUUGUUUAUAUUAUUUUAAAUUAUUUAUUUUUAUUAAUUUAAUUAGAUCUGUAUUUUUUUUCACUUAAUGAUAGAAAGUGCGGGUAGGAUUCUUUCAUUGUGAAUCAGACUAAAAUAAUUUUAGUUUGAGCGGUUAAAAUCAAUUAUGAUUUUGCCAUGAGAAUAAUGCCGAAACUGGCUAUGUAGUCAAACACUAUCGUCUGGCUAAAUUUAGAUCUGCAAAUUGUUGUACAUCUCUUUGGUACAAUUUAAUUAUCUAGACUCUACUUUGAAAUAUUAUUAAGUUGAAGAUGAAUGAAGAUUACUGCCAGUGAAGAACAUUUGAGAUGUGUAGGACAUGCCCAUAGGAUGCCACAUUUUCCUCUAUGAUGAACUGUGUACUAAGGAGGAUGAUUUUGGAAUGUUAUGAACUGUUAUGAACAUUGACAUGAAUAUGAGGAACUGUCAAGAUGAAGAUGUCAAGAUGAAGAUGUCAAGAUUUUAUGUUUGUGGUCUUCCCCUUAGAUUGAAAAUGCCCUUGUAAGACUUGACAGUAGUGGAAAAAUAUUGACAUAUUUUUUUUCAAGGGGGGGAGGAAUCUGUUAGACACCUUAUUUAUAUAGGUUAGUUAUUUUAGUUAUUUAGCGACGCACCAUAGUAGACGCAUAUUGAACGGGACUAGUGACGUUUGGGAUAUGUUGGGUUAGAGACCGGAAAAUCAGUUAGCGUUAGAACACUCCAGGGUAACGACGUGUUUAGUGACAGAGACUUCUACUGUGGCCUUUUAUCAUAAUAAAUAUAUAUUAACUUGUUCAUCAUCGUUGACUACAUCUCUUCACCUGUUACAAUCGAUGUGCCAGUUCUUGUUUGUGUUGUUGGUCAACUACACGUAAUACACCCGAACAAUUACACCCAAACGAUUGCAGAGUAAUUGGUUGACUUCAAGACAGCCUGAACUAGCAACAUCACAAUAUACAGAGGAGGGGGUGGGGCCACCCAUACUUUUAUUUUAAGUUUAAGCAAUGUAGCUCAGGGCAGUCAGGGCGACUCAGACUCAGGCCGCUCAGGGUCAGAAAUAAUUUCAAGAAUCACUGGUAAAAAUGCUUGUCUUGCUAACAUAAAUAAAAGCCUAGCUACUAAAGCCUUUGUAAAAAUGCCAGACACCUUUCUAGGCAGAAUUACUGUGUACACUGUUCAGGGAUGUCCCCACUGCAGGAAGGCCAAAAAGACUUUAAAGUCACUUGCCUUGCCUUACACUGAUGUCAGGCUAGAUCUGUUUCCAGACAUAAGAAGGGAAGUAGUCAAGAAAAGUGGGAUGAGCACAGUACCACAAAUUUAUUUCAACAAGAUUUUGAUAGGAAGCAAUGAAGAUCUUAAUAAGUUGUUGCAAGAUAAAGAACGUUUGGAUAAGUUGCUCUUUAGUUUAAAAACAAAUUCAUUUUCUCUUGAUUGGCCAAUAGUUCCAGAAAAAAGUGAUAUUGCAAUAAUUACUUCUUUUGAUGACCUUCCCUGUGAAACAGAUGAAUAUGUUUAUUUAUUAAGGGACUUGAAACAAAAUAGUUUUGUUGGUACCCAGCGUGUUGGUCUCAAGUUUUACAAGCAGGCAUUCUCUGGCAAAGAUUUCUUCAAGUGGGCUGCUGGCUGUAAAGGAUUAGAUGAUGUAGCAGCUCUAAAAUUAGGUCAGAAUUUGUUAGAAAGGCAGCUAAUUUUUUCAUUAAGUGAUUCCAAGUUGUUCUUGCCUACUUCUGAGAUUUAUCAACUUAUUAGUGAAGAUAAAAGUGAAGCUUUAAACAGUGGGACUUUAUCAAACUGUCAACCAAAAGAAGCCACAGAACUUGGUGAACAUCUCCGUAGAGUAAUACUUCAGUUGUAUGAAACAUUCUUGAAAGAAGAUGGCAAGUCUGUAGAUUAUUCAGGAAUAAAAAAAAGUGAAGCUUUUCAAUCAUACACUAGAUUGACCAAGGAGCUAGUGCGAGUGAAUAUUGAGAAAGUUUCCAGAGAAGAAAAGCUGGCAUUUUUUAUCAAUAUUUACAAUGCUCUAGUUAUUCAUUCUGUGAUUAUUAGAGGAUCUCCAAAUAACCUAUGGACCCGCUAUAAAUUUUUUAAUGAUUCCAAGUAUAUCAUUGGAGGAUGUGUUUAUUCUUUACAAGAUAUUGAAAAUGGAAUACUGAGAGCCAAUAGAAGAGGUGUAGGUCAGAUUUCAAAACCCUUUGGAAAGAAUGAUCCAAGAUUAAAAGUGGCUUUAGACAGACAUGAGCCACUUAUACAUUUUGCCCUAGUUUGUGGUGCAAAAAGUUGUCCACCAAUCAAAACAUAUACAUCUAAAAAUAUCUAUGAAGAACUUUACUUGGCUACAUCUGCCUUUCUUGAAAGUGACAGUGGAUGUCAGGUUGACUUGGCUAAACAAACUUUGAAACUAUCUUCUAUAUUUAAAUGGUAUCAAGGAGACUUUUGUCACCAUGAGACACAGCUUGUAGAUUUUGUGUUGAAUUACAUGCAACCUGGAUCAUCAAAGGUUAAAGAUAUGAAAAAAAUUGUUGAGAGUAAAAAUUACCAUAUUGACUUUCUGCCCUAUGACUGGACCAGUAACUCUUCACAUAUCUAGACAUUGCAAAGAGUAACACUUAUAGACUGUAAAGAGAAUAUUAAAAAGUUUAUUAAUUAAUUAUAUUUGUCUCUUUUUAAAGUAAACAUUCUGAUGUUUAAUCAUGUAUUAUUCAUAAUGAAAGCAUUAUGCAUGUACUUGAAUAGGAAUUUACUACUUGCUGGGGUAAAAACAUGAUUGAUGAACAAGUUUGGCAUGACAAUAAAAAAAACACUUCAUGCUAUCAUCAUCAUGGCCUUGACUUUUAAUUGUAAAAUCAGCUAAAAAAACAAAAGGGCCAGUAUUAUGUUGUUCUGUUAAGAGCAAUAUGAAGAAACUCAAAGACACGCCUUAUUAUUAUUAUCAUGAAGAAACUUGGCACUUACAAAUUAAUGUUACAAGAAAUCAAUGUUUCAAAACUUUCCAUUUAACAUUUGAGUCUUUGAAAUAGUCAUAUUUCAGUUCAGGAAGGUUUUUUUCUUCUGCUUUUAGUCUGGAUUUAGGAUGGAAAUUUUUCAGGUUAUCACCCCAUUGGCUGUUUUUAUUUCUUUAAAUAGAUGUACUUUAAAACAGCAUUAAAAAAUAUGUAUGUGUGCAUAAUACACAUAUCAGAAUUGUCUGCUUUUAAUAAUAUUAUCAUUAUUAUUAUUGUUACUAUUAUAAUAAAUUUACUAUCUGUUUAUCUCAUAUAUUACUGUUAAAGUAUGACUAUAUAUAUUUUAAUAUAUUAUUUCAAUUACUUAUAAGUUUGCCAUACAUAAAUGAAUACUUUACAAAUAUGAUGAAUGGUCUGUAGAGUCACAUCUGGAAGAACACCAUGCUCACACAUGAUAGAGACAUAACUGUAGAAAUAUUUCUUUGAAAAAAUGAUACUAAAAGAAUAUUGCUCUAUAAUUUAAGAUAAUGCUUACUUACAUGAAACACAAGCAUAUCUAUAUGAUAAUACACUGCCACUGCUCGGUACAUGCAAACCCGACAUUAAAAAAUUCUAUAGGUUACAAUUCAAAUAUUAAGGUCUGCUUAUCUAUAAUUCAAUUAUUUAAAAUUAUAGCUUCAGUAUUAAUGUAGUACUGGUAAUAUUAAUCUGUUGUAAAUAUAUGUAUUAAUAAACUAGUCUAAAUAAAAAUUCCCCCUUCAGAUGUUGUGAUGUAAAGGGCAGAUGAUGUUAAGAUAAUCUUGUUUCUGUAGUUACCAUGCAUGGUGUCAUGUGGCCAGCACAACGACCAACUCCCUUUACUUUCCCCAACCAAAGUCAGGUAUCUUUCAAACUAUCUAAAGCUUCAUAGGAGUCUAAUGACACAUUUUGACCAAAAUUUUAAUUGCUUUAAAAAAUCUAGUGAAAAUUCUAAUCAAACUUUGUAUAGUGCAUAGGAGUCUAGUGAAAAAUUGUGGUCUAGUGUGUUCAAGAAUACAACAAUUGAUAGGAGCAUUGAGGUUUACUUAAUAAUUCUGAUGAAACUUUGAUAAGCUUGUAUAUGUAUAGUGGAAAAAUUCUAAUCAAACUUUAUAAAGUUCAUAAAAGUCUACUAAACAAUUGUGUUCAAACUUUGUAUGGUGCAUAGAAAUCUAGUGAAACAUUCUAAUCAUAAUUUGCUUUUUGAAUAGAAGUCUAGUAAAACAUUCUGAUCAAACUGAAGUGCAUAGGAGUGUAGAGAAAAAUUCUGAACAAACUUGGUAAAGUGCAGAGUCUAGGGAAAUAUUCUGUCAAACUUUGUAAAGUGCAGAUUCUAGGGAAAUAAUCUGUCAAACUUUGUUAAGUGCAUAGGAGUCUAAUGAAUUAUUCUGAUCAAACUUUGGGAAGUGCAUAAUGAUCUAUUAAAUAAUUCUGAUCAAACUUUGUUAAGCGUGUAUAUGCCUAGUGGAAAAUUCUGAUCGAACUAUGUGUAGUGCAUAAGAGUCUAGUAAAAAAAAUAAAAUCUGAUCAAUCUCUAUAUAGUGCAUAGAAGUAUUAGAUUUAUUAUGAUUAAACAUUGAUAAGCACAUAUUAGUCUAAUGAAUAAUUCUGAUAAAA